UCUCCAGAAAGUUCCAAAACACUAAUUUCCUCAAUCCGUCUCUAGAACCUUCUUACUCCACCCACCCCUUAAAUUAAAUCAUCCCAUUCUUCUUAAAUCCCUCAACUAAACUAAGAGUAACUAACUACACCCGUUUCUAAAAUUGAGUCUCACACACAAGCUUUCUUUAUGAAGGGAAUUUUAGUGAAAGAAGAAGAAACACUAGCAUAUACAAAUGCUGGUUCAUCAACAAGUUCAUCUUCCUCCUCCAAUUCAAAUCUUCAACCAAAACCAAUGGAAGGGUUACACGAAACAGGUCCGCCUCCAUUUCUCACCAAAACCUUUGAUGUCGUUGAAGAUCCUUCCACCGAUGGAAUCGUUUCGUGGAGCAGAGCGCGUAAUAGCUUCGUCGUUUGGGACCUCAAUAAAUUCUCCACUGCGAUUUUGCCUCGGUACUUCAAACAUAGCAAUUUCUCUAGCUUCGUUCGUCAACUCAAUACCUAUGGUUUUAGAAAAGUUGAUCCGGAUCGAUGGGAAUUUGCGAAUGAAGGGUUUUUAGCUGGACAGAGAAACUUGUUGAAAACGAUCAAGAGAAGAAGAAAUGUAGCACAGUCGCCGUCUAUGCAGCGUGAAAGCGGCGGUGCUUGUAUCGAAUUAGGAGAGUUUGGUCUUGAAGGUGAGAUUGAGAGGUUGAGGAGAGACAGGUCUGUUUUAGUGGCUGAAAUUGUGAAACUGAGGCAGCAGCAGAAUAAUUCAAGGGAUCAGUUAUCUGCUAUGGAAGCUAGGCUGUUGGUUACUGAGAAGAAACAUCAACAGAUGAUGGCUUUUCUUGCAAAAGCACUUAGUAAUCAAUCUUUUAUUCAGCAAUUGGCGAAUAAGAAAGAGUUGAAAGGUGUUGAAAUGAAGCGGAAGAGGAGGCUCGCUGCUAGUUCAAGUUUGGAGAAUUUGCAGAAUGAUUCUGUGACGAUGAUGACAGUGCCGAUUGAAUCUGUGGUGGAUUAUUCUAGUCGAGAACAACAAGAGGGUUUGACUGCUAUUGAGUCUGAGAUAGAGACAUUGUUAAGUGCUUAUGAUAAUGAGUCGAAGAGUGAAAUCAAAGACUAUGCAUCAUUGAGUUCAGUUCCGAGUGCUAAUGAGAGUAAUUUGGGUGAUUGGGAGGAUUUACUGAACCAAGAGUUGGUUGGUGGGAAUCCAGAGGAUGAAGUUCUGAUUGGUGAGUUCUCACAAAUUGAUGCGCCGGUUGAGGAUUUGGUAGAAAAGAAUGAUGAUUGGACUGUGGAUUUGCAGAACCUUGUUGAUCGAAUGGAUUUUGAACCUUAAUCAAAAUGGUUGUAGAAUUUUGAUCUUUGUUUUUUUGUCACUUCACUUGCACCUUGCUGCAGGGAAGAUUGUAGAUGCAGAGCCAGCCAAAAGAUGUGUAUCCUUUAUUGAACAACAGUAUAAGCCUGUACUAAAAGUGAAGCAAAUAUUCAAGAUUAUGAUGGAAUGGGAAAAGUAGUGGCCUACAAAUUACUGGAUUGUCAAAUGUUCAUUGUUCAAGGAGGGUUUAUAGCUUUUUUUUAGCAACACUUCAAUUGUUCUUUGACAAUUUCAAAAUAGAUGGAUUAAUUGUGCACCAUUAAAAGUUUAAGAUUCUGCAUUUUUCAGAUAAAUAGACAGAGUAACAUGUUGAUGGGUUGGUUAAUGUUGGUUUUCUUGGGACUGAAUUUACAUGAUGUACUUAUAAGUGAAAAUGCAUUGAAGUCGAGUUUAUGUGUGAUAAGUUUAAUUGUUUUUUUUAGAUAUUUUUUAAUUUAUUAGGACUGCCUUUGUUUUUGUUUAGUUUCCUUGAUGCUCCUUUUCUUUCUUCUCUACAGUUAUUUGAAUUUUUCUGAUGAUAUUUUUAAAAAGAUAUUUAUUGGAUUAUAUUGUUUGUGGUGGUUGUGUUGAUGACUCAACAUAAUUGAUAUGAUAAGAUAUACAAUAUGAUGAAUUUGCAGU